AUGGCGAGUAAUGUUCCAGCUGCGCUACGAUCGGCCGAUAUCGGUCGCUUUGCGAUCAGAGCCGCUCAGGUUGAGAGUGCCAAACCGGUGGUGGCCUACUGGUGCAAUUUUCACAUCGUGAACCAAAUCAUCGAAAGAGGUCUUCAUAACUCCGACGACGAAAUCAAAAUAUAUACUACAAACCUGGUGGACAAGUUGGAGCAGUUUAAAGUUGAGAACCCGGAAAAUGAGACGGUCACAGAUACCGUGGCGGCCAGCGCCUAUGUUGAACAAUUUGGAUUGGAGGUCUUUGGUCGUGCCGAGGCGGCCAUGAACGCCAACAAGCUGCUGCUACUUUCCUCGAACUAUGUUCAAUCUGGGGGGGCCGAUCCAGAAAUCGCAGGAAGAAUCAAGUUUGCGAAAUUCCACGCAGUCCGAAUUGUCAAGGCUAUCAAGGCCGGCGAAGACCCGAACGAAAGCAACCCAGCACCCAAACAAGAAGAAGCAGAGCUAGUCGACGAUCCGGAUGUCCAGGCAUUCGAUGAGUCUGUAGCUGAAGCCUCCAAGCCAAGACAAGCUUCAAUCGAAGAGAUCCCAGAUGAGUCUGACCGUCUUGGACGAGACCUCGCUCGGAAAUCGACUCUGGACGAGUCACUCCAUCCUUCACGUACAUCAUCCGCUCCACGCCAACCUGCCACCCCCGAGAUCCCCUCCGUGCCCCAGAAUGCACCUGGCUCGCACCCGCAAGCCGGUGCUGACCAUUCCCAGGGCGGCGGCUUGAACCUCCCUUCGACACCCGCGACUAUCGGCUCGGGCCCGCACCUCCCAGAUACCCCCACCGCGUUCCAGUCUUUCCCACCACCUCCAACUGACACAUCUGCAUCAGACCCGGCUGCAUUCUACGAUGCCCCAGCUAGUAACCCCACUCCUCCCCCGGCUGCGCCUACCUUUGUCCCAAGCCCAGCUGCCCAUGCACCUGUUGCGCCUGAGCCAUACGUGCCGGCUCAGCCAUCUCAUGGAGUAGACGAUAACUCAGUGCAGUUGGCGCAGAAGCAUGCCCGUUGGGCAGUCUCUGCGUUGACAUUUGAUGAUGUUGAUACGGCUAUUAAGGAACUGCGCAACUCGCUCAAGUAUCUUGGUGCUUCGUGA